GCCCCGGCCCCGCAGCGCCCGGCCCCUCAGCGCCCAGACCCCGCAGCGCCCAGACCCCGCAGCGCCCAGACCCCGCAGCGCCCCGGCCCCGCAGCGCCCCGACCCCGCGGCCGGUCCCCAGCCCCCGCCCCGAGGCCGCCCAGCCGCUGCGGCCCCUCCGCCCGCCCGCCCGCCCGCCCGGUGGGUCGGUCCCGUGGCUCGGUGCCAUGCCGUUCCUCGGGCAGGACUGGCGGUCCCCCGGGCAGAGCUGGGUGAAGACGGCCGACGGCUGGAAGCGCUUCCUGGACGAGAAGAGCGGCGGCUUCGUGAGCGACCUCGGCAGUUACUGCAACAAGGAAGUAUACAACAAGGAGAAUCUUUUCAACAGCCUGAACUAUGACGUUGCAGCCAAGAAGAGAAAGAAGGACAUGCUGAAUAGCAAAACCAAAACUCAGUAUUUCCACCAAGAAAAAUGGAUCUAUGUUCACAAAGGAAGUACUAAAGAGCGCCAUGGAUAUUGCACUUUGGGGGAAGCCUUCAACAGGCUGGACUUCUCAACUGCCAUUCUGGAUUCCAGGAGAUUUAACUACGUUGUGCGGCUGUUGGAACUGAUAGCAAAGUCACAGCUCACAUCCCUGAGUGGCAUCGCCCAAAAGAACUUCAUGAACAUUUUGGAAAAAGUGGUACUGAAAGUCCUUGAAGACCAGCAAAACAUCAGACUAAUAAGGGAACUCCUCCAGACCCUCUACACGUCCUUAUGUACACUGGUCCAGAGAGUCGGCAAGUCUGUGCUGGUCGGAAACAUCAACAUGUGGGUGUACCGAAUGGAGACAAUUCUACACUGGCAGCAGCAGCUGAACAAUAUCCAAAUUACCAGGCCUGCCUUCAAAGGCCUCACCUUCACCGACCUGCCUUUGUGCCUGCAACUGAACAUCAUGCAGAGGCUGAGUGACGGGCGUGACCUGGUCAGCCUCGGCCAGGUGGCCCCUGACCUGCAUGUGCUUAGCGAGGACCGGCUGCUGUGGAAAAAGCUGUGCCAGUACCACUUCUCCGAGCGGCAGAUCCGCAAGCGAUUAAUUUUGUCAGACAAAGGACAGCUGGAUUGGAAGAAGAUGUAUUUUAAACUUGUGCGAUGUUACCCACGGAAAGAGCAGUACGGAGACACCCUUCAGCUUUGCAGACACUGUCACAUUCUUUCCUGGAAGGGCACUGACCACCCGUGCACAGCCAAUAACCCAGAGAGCUGCUCCGUCUCCCUUUCACCCCAGGACUUUAUCAACUUGUUCAAGUUCUGAGUCCCAGCACGUGACAACACUUCAGAAGGGUUCCCCUGCUGAUGGGAUGGCUGGGAAUACAGAGUUUGGACACUUCAUCUGUAAAUAGUGUACAUUUGAAACCUUGGCUCGAAACUUCUGAGAUAAGUCACUGAGAGGACGUCGCAAGGGGAGAAAUGCGGUUGCUGGCUGAGAAUUUAAGAAAAUGGACUUCUCGUUAGAAUCGGUAUGGAAAAGCAGAAAUACUGUAAAUAAACUUUUUUCUCCCUUUUUGCCGGCAAGACUAUAAGGGCAGGAAUUCCGUUUCAUCGGUGAAAAUGGAAAUCCUCCUGAUGUUCACUGACACUCCUUGGUCUAGUUCCCUAGGGAUGUGGAAGACAAGGGGAGGACUCGAACACAAGAUAGAACACUCUGUUUACAAUGUGAAAAUGUGCUCAAAGAAAGAGAAGACGAACAUACGCGAAAUCUCUGCGCUUUGGUUUCAAUUGUUGGGGGGGGGCUUGUAAAAGGGCAAAGGAAGUACCACCCAUCUUAACCCCGUGUGGGCAUAGGGCCUUAUCUUGCAAAUCUAUCACACAAUUCUCUACCUCAGAAAGUAGGCACUGCUCCCCCUGACAGAGCGCAUCACCCAGUAGGCCGCGUCUGCUGGUCUUGGUUUUGGUUUUUCGUCACAUUGAAAGGGGUUUCAACAGGAAGGGAUUCUGGAGGCAAUCCUCAUCAUGCUCCAGACUUCCUUUUUAGGCAAAUAGGCACCCUUUUGGAGUUGUGUCUUUUCUAGAACAACCCCGCAGCACAUAGGCCUCGCCUUUCAUGCGGUAGCUCAUUCAGGGUGGCAUAAGGCCAAUUAAAAACAGUCCCAGAGGAGGUCCUCCUUCAGAAAAAGAUAGAAUUAGUCCCACCCAAGAGAUGUGAAGACUUUUCGUAUUCUUGUUUCACUUCUCGACUUGUCUGGGUUCCUGGAGUCUAUUCACGGAUAAGCGUAUCUGUGGACGGGUGGGAGCCAGAGUGCUGAUAAAAGCUGGGGAAACGGGUUUUACGUAUCAGUGAGAUGGUUUCCCAGCUGCUGUGCCUCAUGGCAGGUGACAAGCCGAGGAGCUCUCUUUUUCUUUAGGUCCGACAUCAAAAUUGAAUCAGCCUAAGCUAGGACUUCAUGCAAGGAUGACAAGAAUAAAGCCUGGAAUUCCCAGUCACAGGGAACAGAAGUACUGUGCGGUUCUUCCUAAACUUGCUCCACACCCCCUGGGGAUCUUGCUAGGCAAAUAGCAGCAGGUGUGGAAGAAAGGAAAUCUCAGGACUUAAGGAGUUCGUUGUCAAAUAUUCCUGGGAUGGGGGAGGGGACGUUUUUGUUUUUUACUUUUUAUAGAACUUGGCUUUUCUACAACAAUGUACAUAUUCUGGCAGUUGUGUUUGCUUUGUGCUUUUUUUUUUUUUCCUUCUUUUGCAAAUAAAGUUGCCACCCUGCAUGCCCUUGGCAAGUAAGUGAAGCAGAAAUAGGAACUUGCUCACAUUCACACUGAAGAACAGUUAUAUCCUUAGGGGUGGAAGCUUGGGGUGACCUGGAGAGGGCAAAGGUGGGUGAGCAUGUAUAGAAACAAAGCCAGGCACCGGCUGGCGAUGCCGAGCCCCUUGCUGCCCUGCCCAAGUGUCAGCAUGCUGAAGAGAAGGCAACCAUCAGCCCCCCUCACUCUGCAGCACCUGUGCCUACCUAUACACCAGCGCAUCUCCAUGUUUAUCUUCAUUAUCACUCCCAUCAGAAGGAAAAUUUAAUUUAAUUUAAAUGCUCCCCACUGAGCUGAAUUCAACAUUGAAGAAUAAGAUCUUGUUGGCUAAGGUUGAGCUUCUGGAGCCCCUGUAAUACCUAGUGGGGUUUUUGUUCUCCCCUCCCCCUGAGUCAAAGUCACACUGAGAAUGCAGGCCCUAGAUGGUCGAAUUAAAAACUUAGCUCUUCCAGAAUUCAGAUGUCUCUCAAAUGGCUCAGCUUCCUGAAAGAUAUGGGGCGGAGCUGGGUUGAUUGCGACUGUGAGAUCUCUGGAACCUUUGACUCUGACAUUUUUAGGUUUAGGCCUGCAUGGCCUUCCACAUCUGUCCAUCACCUCAUGACCUCUGCCCCUUCAUACUGAUCCAGGAGGUGGAAACCCCCCAGGCACCCUCAGGUUUGCAGUCCCAGAAAUGUUGCCUGCCUUAAAUUGUCAGCACCGAACUGGCAAACCAGUCUCCUUUGGACUGUCUGCAGCCCACGAUUGCAUAUCAUCCCCCAGGCAGUGAGGUGCAUCUGCGCGAGACGACUCCUGCCACUAGUGGGAGGGUUUUGGCUUUCUGAGAUGUUUCCCUUAGUGGUGCCUCUGGGCUCUCCCUAACUGUUGGCAUCUUUGGAGGUGGUGUGUGACGGAGUCAAGGAAAACUUUUAAGGAGAAAAGAGAAGAAACCAACAUUUAUGGUUCUCUUUCAUUGGUAGUGGAGAAUAAGAAAGGAAAUGGCAGGUGGAGAGGGAUGGGGGAAGGAAUAGAAAUGGCCUAUCUUUGAUGCUGUGGUUUGUGUGAAGGCAAUGGAGAAGAAACUAGCGGGUGCAGAGCAUCUGUGUUGGCGCCACAUGGCAGCUGUUCAGCAUGGCCAGAGCCUCACCUAUAAGUAAAGUGAGUGAAAAAGAAAAUUCUUGUUCCCUGGGUACCAAUCAUCUUUAGAAUUUCUAUUGGCAAACCCUCUGGGGACAACCUAACCUAAAAAAACAAAACCAAAGAAUCCCUGUCUCAAAACUGCUAGUCUAAAAGCCAGACGGACAAGAUGGUGGAAACUACUAGAAGAGACAGAAGGCUCCCCUCUCUUUGCUGUACCUACCUAACCACUCCUACCCCUGUAACGUAGAAUUGGAAAUUUAUGUCAGCUAUGAAGUAAUUUGGACUUUGAAAGAAGGAAGGAGUGUGUCCAGGGCAGGGUGAGCACAAAUCCAUGGGGAUGUUAUGUACAAUCUGGUUCAACUUAAAGGUGUAUAAGCAACAAGCCUGGAGCCUCUUGAGAGUAAAGCACAACAUUUAGGGAAAGAAUAUGUGAGUGCUGACGUCAUAGCAAGAUUCAGAAAAAAAGUCCAAUGACAUCUUCAACUACCUUGCAUUGUUACUUUAAUGCUAUUCCUUUGAGGAGAUGGAUCAGUGUCAUGGGAGGGUGGGUGACAAAGCUUCAAAGAAAAACAUCACCAGGGUGUCAGUUGUGAGAUGACAUUUAUUAAGUGAUGAUCAAUUUUAUACCGAAGCGGCUCAGAGGAGUUAUUUGGGGUGGGGUGGGUUGAUAACCACAAAACAGUGCAACAGUGGGCUUUACUUGAGGGUGAAGGAAGGUAACAAGCAUGCACCGUGUUAUUGCCAUGAUUCUCUGUGGAUUCGAAAACUUUUUCACGAGGAGCUUGCAAUUAACAGGCUCCUUUUUUACUGUUGUUUCUUUGUGGGAGCACAGAGGGAGCUAAGAAUUUCAUUUGUCUAAGCAAGUGGUGUGAUUUACAAGGUCAAUCAUUUCAAGACAUGUUCAACAAUGUAUCAUUUGUAGCAUUGGAUACAAUGUUUACCAUAAAAUAUGCACCUGACUUUAUAUUUUUUUGCCAGUUUAUAGGGCAAAAGUGUUUUGCUAUGCACUCUAUUUUAUGUGUGAACUUUUUUAACUGUAAUUUUAUGUGUGAAUUUUUUUUUAACUAAACUAUAUCAACAUUUUCUAUGUGGA